AUGGCGCCACGACGUGCUCAGUCUACGAUGGGAGACAACAAUGUCCCCAACUAUGUUCCCCAAGCUGCGGAAUUUAGGGAAUUUCAGGAGGAGAUACGAAAUGAAUUUCGUGCAUUCCAGGAGACCAUGAUACAAACCUUGAUGGCACAUCUCCCACCUCCACCCCCAGCGCGAGGUCCGGAACCUAGGGAAGAGGACCUGCCUCCGCCACCACCUGCACCGGCAGCGGUAAGAGACUACCUACCUAUUGUUCGGGAAUUACGGGCCAUGCACACUCCAAGGUUUGGAGGAUCACUGGAUCCCGAGGCUGCAGAAGAAUGGAUGACAUGCAUCACACGAGACCUGGAAUAUGUUCACUGUCCCCUACGUUAUCGAGCGCUACUAGCGAGCCAUCACUUGUCCGGGCAAGCUCGACAUUGGUGGGAAAAGGUGGUACAGGAGAUGCCGGACGGGUAUCGUUUCACCUGGGAGGAAUUCAAGGAGGAAUUUGAGAGGAAGUACUACCGCCGACAGAAUCAAGAAUGUCGCCUCUCUGAUUUCCUGAACCUGCAACAAGGGAACAUGACUGUGAGGGAGUACGAAGUUGAAUUCGUACGCAUGCUUAAGCAUUCGGCGCAUCUGGUGCCCCUAGAGAGCCAGAAGAUCACUAAGUUCAUUGUGGGACUACGACCUUCACUCCGCUGGAGAGUCACACUCUACGAGUUCCGAACUCUGAGCCAUUGCAUUGACCAGCUGGAGAAAGCGGAGGAAGCGGAAAAGGAGGAGAGAGCCAGCAGGGCCCGUGACCGAAGUCCUCCUAGACGCCAUCCCUAUACGCGUCUGUCGGGGAAGACUGGUCAGACUGGCCAGAGCAGCCGAGUGCAAGACAAGGGUAAGGUGCCAGUCACCCAGACCCGCAGAGCCGCCAGCGUGAGCGGCUAUGCCACGAGACCUGCGGUUGGAGCUGGAGUGGCCCCGAGGGUCUAUGCCCUAGAAGCGGAGCAGGAGAUUCAAGAAGAGAAGGUUCAUGACGACGGAGUUGAGGCAGAUGCGAUUGCAGGUACCCUUCACUUAUACGGGGUGUCCUGUUAUACAUUGUUUGACACUGGGGCGACUCACAGUUUUGUGAGCGCGGCUAUAGUGGAGAGAAUCGAUGUGGAAAAGGUCAAGCCAAUGAGUAACUUCACCGUGCGUACACCGGCUGGAGAAACCCUUACGGUUCGAGGGACCUUGCUUAGCGUACCCCUUGACAUAUGCGGCCGACAAAUGCCAGUAGACCUUAUUGUGGUUCCCAUAGGAGUCUAUGAUCUCAUACUGGGCAUGGACUGGUUAACCAAAUAUCAGGCUUAUAUCGACUGCCCCCAGAGGACGAUCAGGUUUCAAGAAGAUUUCGGAGUGGUUAUCACGGCUACUAAAGAACCAGAGAAGAGAUUGGAGGACACACAUGUUGCUCGGAAAUUUUCAGAUGUAUUUCCGGAUGAAUUACCGGGAAUACCGCCAAAGAGGGAGGUGGAUUUCAGCAUUGAUGUAAUACCGGGCACAGAGCCAAUCACUAAGACUCCGUACCGGAUGGCGCCGACAGAAAUGGCGGAGCUGAAAAAGCAAAUGAACGAGUUGGUGGAGAACGAGUUUAUACGCCCGAGCGGGGCCAAGUUGGUUCUCGAAGAUUGA